AUGGUUUCACAGAAAACCAGUAAAAUUCACACAACCUGCUCAUACUUCUGGGGGGUUCAUAAUUGUCCGUUGUGUCUGCAGAAUCUCCUGGAGAAGUCUGCAGAGAAGGAGACUCGUCAGGAGUACGCACUUGCCAUGAUCCAGUGCAAGGUGCUGAAGCAGCUGGAGAACCUGGAACAGCAGAAAUAUGACGACGAGGACAUCACCGAGGACAUCAAGUUCCUGCUGGAUAAACUUGGAGAGAGUGUGCAGGACCUAAGCUCAUUCGAUGAGUACAGCUCUGAACUGAAGUCUGGACGCUUGGAGUGGAGCCCGGUGCACAAAUCGGAGAAGUUCUGGCGAGAAAACGCUGUGCGUCUGAAUGAGAAGAACUAUGAGCUCCUCAAGAUUCUUACCAGGCUUCUGGAGGUGUCUGAUGACCCUCAGGUGAUUGCUGUGGCCGCUCAUGAUGUAGGAGAGUACGUGAGACACUACCCACGAGGGAAACGAGUGAUUGAGCAGCUGGGCGGAAAGCAGCUGGUGAUGAACCACAUGCAUCAUGAGGACCAGCUUGUCCGCUACAACGCCCUGCUGGCGGUGCAGAAGCUCAUGGUGCACAACUGGGAGUACCUCGGCAAACAGCUGCAGUCCACGGAGCAAGCCCCCGCCGCUGUCGCAGCCAGAAGCUGAGCUUCUCACACUCAUUCCCUCUCCAGCAACAUGCUGCAACUAUGUGUACACAUCUCUAUAUAAGUGUGUGUGAGUGAGCGUGUGUCGGCAUGUUUGUGAUUGCUUGUCUACUGUGUAUGAACGUCGGCCCUCAUGGAUCUAAAACCUUUCAUUACAGUGAGUCACUCACCCCGACUCCCAACGAGCGUCCAGGAGCUGUGAAGUGUAAUGCUGUGUUACUGUGCUUUUUGCUCCCUUCCCCUCACAAUUUGAACAUUGUGAUUUUUUUGUUUGUUUUUGUUUUGUUUAUCUAGCGAAAGUGAACAUUGUGAUGGAGUUGUGUGUGUUUGUGUGUGUUUGUGUGUGUGUGUGUGUGUGUGUGUGUUUGUGUGUGUGUGUGUGUGUGUGUGUGGGGGGGGGGGGGAGUUUGGUGGGUAUGUGUCUAUGCACCACCACCCUCCCUGAUAUGUGUUUCAUCUGGAAAAGUUAAUGAUGCAAUUUAUUUAUGUCUUAGAGUAUUAACAUAAUAUUACAUGCAUUCCAAUAAAGACUCCUAAGGAAAAGUU